UUGCCAAUGUGUGUGGAGUAAUUGCGGGAGCCAAACAGCUUCAGAGAGGUAAGCGAAAAAGGUUAAAUAGUAAUGAAAAGAAUAAUUCGGUUUCAUGUUAAGCAUUUUGUUUUUUACAAAAUUUUCUUCGAAAAAAAAUAGGAAAUUUCAUGGAAGGUUUCGUUGUAAAUUUCCUCUCUAAGUAUAAACAUUACAGUUGAUAAAGUUCACCAAAAUUCGGCUUUCAGUUUUAUCAGAGUCCAGUUUAAUAAAGUAUAUCCGGGACCGAUUUCACUUGCUUUUAAAAUAGGAGGGGUCAGUAUUUUGGCAGGAUCCUCUCAAACUUACCAAUCACAGUUACAAAAUUAUAACCUAAACGAAGAAGCCGAUUAGGGUAUCGUUCAACGUGAAGGUAAAAAUAAAGAACAGUGUAUAAACGGCCGCGGAAACCUUUCAGCCUUUCAGAAAUUAACACAGUAAAAUAUCGAAAGCCUUAGGCCCGGUUCAGAUGCAGCACUUCACAUGAGGCGAAUCGAAUUCGAAUUUAGGACGACUCAAAUUAAUUUAGGCCGGCUGAAUUGAUUCAAACGCCAGUCUAAUUUUUUUUUUUUGAAAAAAGGGAAAAAACACUUAUUUCGGUAAACUAGUUGCAUUUGGUUCGGCUCAUGAAAAGUUCGACGUCUGAAUCAACGCCGGUCCGCAACCGUUAAUCACGGCUAAGCUAGGCUUAAAGAACGGCUUCAAUUAGCCGCUUCGAAUUGAUUCAAAAACCGUACUUUACACUGAAUUCAAUUCUAUUCAUGUGAAGUACGGCUUCUGUACCGGGCCUAAGUUCCACACGCCCAUUUUCUUUGUAAGCACAGUCUAGUCAUCAACUGAAUGCAAUUCAUUUUAAAAUUUACUUUACCAAAAAGUUAUUUCGAUAGAUAGAGGAGGCACUUAGAUCCCUAAGCUAAUAAGUUCUAUAACGAGCAAGUAACACUUUUCAGGAAAUCUGUCGUAAGAGAACCGUUGAAAGUUAGUCUCCCGCUAGCUGCGCGCGCGUUUGAAAUAACGAUCUGUAAUGUUUCUCGCAUAUUUCCGGCUCACUUUUAAAUAUUGCAAAGGACAGAAGUGGCCCCCUGAAUUCGUCUUGAUUAAUAUUAAAAACCUCUUCUUUACACUGAAUUAUUACUUUUCUGAGUAAACAAUCAAUCUUGGGUAAAAACUUUAUUAAAAUUUUACGAGUGAAAUUGGCGUAUAAAAUGUAAAGAACUCAUUCGCUAUUUUAAAUUGCCUUAAAAUCUAUGCGCCACUAUAAAGCAGUACUUACAAGAGGAUAUUGACUUGAAAGUGAAUAUGUUCCAUAUCACGGGUGCAUUCUUCAAACAGGCUGACUGUUGAAUUUUGAGGUUUUCUAUUUACUUACAGGGUAACCACAGGUGAUUUUUCCUCCAGUGACUAGUUACCUGUUUUGCCUCGGCAACGAGAUAAACUGAGUAUCACAUACACUUGCAAAUCUCGAAAAAGCAAUGCAGAAAUUCUUUUCAAAUGCAAAUUAUCCUUUACUGCAGUCUCGUUUCUUGCUGCAGUGUAGUUGUUGUUUCUCGAAGAAAAUGAGCUCAAGCUAGUGUAAGGAUUAUGAAAUACUGCAUUAUUAAAUCUUAAUCAAUUUCGUCCCAACUUUGCCUCGAGUGUUUUAUCUGUUUUAAUGGUUUCUGUACCGUAGGUGCUAAUUUUAGAUGAAAGCUUGAGAAUUGUAGUUAAUCGACUGCUGGUCAUAUAUUGUACCAGUAAUGCAGUUUUACAGCUUUGGGCAAAAUGUUAAGAUCUGUGAAUGUUCAAAAUGGCUUGUUCAUAAAAUUUUCUGGAGACGUAAAUUCAAGAUAUUUCGUUGAACAUCCUUUGCUGGGAAUUAGCAUUCAAUCAGCAUGGUUUUGAUGAAAACUGUUUCAUGGAGCAAACUGAGCGGCAAAGAGGUCGAUUUGCCGGCACGCGCAAGGCAAAUGGCCUGUGUCGAAUGUAUGCAUAAAAGCACAUUCAUGGCUAUUUUUCUUCUCUCAUUGAGCUAAAUCUGUGACAAGCUGUCGCAAAGACCCUGUGACGCAUAAAAGCAACUUUACACAACAAAUACGCGCCCUUAAAAGCCUGCUGUAUUCAUAUGCAAAUUCAGGCCACAAGUCAUAAGCACCUCUGGGCACUUGAAUCAGUUGUUUUGUUUUCUCGCACAAUAACAGAAUUAUCUCUCUCCCAGGAGGAAAGAAAGCGCCCUGCUAUUGGACAGUUCAUCGAAACUGCGGUUAUUACAGGACUAGUGCCUCGUGCCAUUCCAAGUAGUAAUUAAUAUCAGUGUUUUCAGCUGGCUUCACUAACCAGCCGUCUAGAACUAAGUCGUGAGCCGCGCGAGCAAGCAAUGGAUUCUUUUAAAGACUGCUGGAUUGUAAUCUGUUGGUUUAACUUUGUAUAUUGUGGCUACGUUUGGUCUACGAUUGUGGAAGAGGGCUGUAUUUGGACAGGAAGGUAAGAGAUAGCGUAUUUUAACAGUUUGAUGCGAAUAACAACCAGCACUAAUUAAAGGUUUGUUCAUCCGAGCAACUCGUGGCAGUUGCAAAGAUGGAUAUUAUCCUUAGUUUAUUAAACUGUUAGGUGCAUCUAAAAUGGUGGAUCAAAGUAUUUUUUGAUUACUGCUGGCAAUAAUGAUUGAAUUCUUCGCAGAGCAAUAAUGACCAUAAGCAAAAGUUAUCAUUUUCAUUGCAAACUUCCGUUAAAAAGACUUUUGCUCUAAGUGGUUGAAAUGAUACGUCAGUCAUCGCUUUCGUGCAUGCUCUGCACUGUUGACAUAGUGCAUUGCGUAUGGAAAAAAAUGCGUGUUAAUUUAACUCGGGUUAGCAAAAUCUUCCUAACGAAGAAAUCUAGACACUUGAAAAGACAAGAUUUGGACAUGUACUGUCGUUUUCACUCGCCUCUGAUAUCGUCAUUUAAAAUUGUAAACUAAUAUUAUCAAUCUGCCAAAGCUCAGCAACUUCUAAACUAGCGAUAGACCUCUGAAAAAACGUGAAAAAGAAGUGAAUCAAAAGCAGGCAGGUUUUAGUGGCGCUCGGAGUAUCAGUUUUAUCAUUGUGUUCUUUGAUUUUUCUUUGCAUGAAGUCGUUAAAGCACUUUUUAAAGUAAUUUAUUCAUAUUUGUGUUAUUUUUUUUUCAACGCAUUAGCCAGCCUCUUGUGGCACGUGCGUGGCUUUUGUACGCGAGGAUGCCAUUGUUUGAAAGCACGCAAUACAAAGAACUUUGCGAGCGCGGAUUUGGUAUUUUGCCGCAAACAGCUUCGCCAUUGUUUUGGUUGCUUUUCAUGAUUGUUUAACCUUGCUCUAAAGAACUUGGAAGACACAUGCUCGUAAUGAUUAACGGAAACAAAACCACGUUAAGAAUGUGCUUUUCGAAACAGCACUUUCUACAGUUAAUGUGAACAUCGCACGAGCUUCUAUCGCUGCAUAUGUCAAUUGGUUUUUCCCAAGUAAAUAAUUUACAAAAAACAUGGAAAUAGAUAUUUCCUGUGUGUCAGACUGACAGAUAUACUGGUUAAAAAGUAUAGUUGAGUUAUUAAAAUAAAAUGUGGAGAAUGUUCUUAUAAUUUGUCAUGCGUAAAAGAAGAAUGAGCCUUACGAUAAGAUCCUUUGGCCCCUGCCGACAUCAUAAUUGUGAUGCACAUAUAAAGUGCUCUGUUUAGUAAACUUCCUAUAAUGACAAUUUUUUUUUUAUAGAAGCUCUUAAAGAUAACUACCCAUAUUCAAUAUCGCUUUAGUUACGAAAUGGGAACCUGUAAAGCCAUUAGGACAUUUAGGAAUAAUCUACACGCCUUAACAUUUCGGUUAUUUGUUGCUUUCUCUCAGCGGUCUUCCUCAUCAGGACACGCCAUCUGUGAUCAGUACAGAAACCUCCUGUCACCAGGGUGAACUUUAUUGGACGGAUCCUUUCGGUGGGCUUCGAGUCACAUUUCAUCCGCGUAAAGUACAGUCAGAGUUUAAGAUAUGUUUCACUUCACGGCACCAGGGCGUUAAUAUAUACAAAGAGGAGUUGAACUCCCUUACUUUAUUGGCCACAGCUAACGAAAACGUGACAGAACAUGCGGUUUGCAUAAAGGGUAAAGCUGAACAAUGGCCUGUACUUUAUCUGGAAACACAAGAAUACCAGACACUAACCCAAGUAAACUACACAGUAUUUGAACACGGAAGAAAGCGACCAAGACAUAGGAGAAUUAAAGGUUAGAUGACAUAGAAACUAGUCGUUUUCAGUAACAAUACUCAGUUACAUCAUCAGGGAAAAAUGUGUCAGUUAUGCUAUCAUAGUUAUGACACCAUAGAUUACUAUACACGUUUCAAAACUUUGUAGUAUUGUAUAUUGAUUCAGUUCCACUUUUUCUUAUUUCAGAAUGCCGACCUUGUAAAUACUCAAAACUGGUUGAAUCUCUUUGCAGAGGUGAUUUUGGUAAGUGUGUUCGCUAGUUGCAGUAUAUGGUAAAAGUCUCAUUUGGUCAAGUCACUGUCAAGUAACCGUUGGCAAAAAUGAGGGAAAAGAAAAGUGGUCGUAAGCCAACACUCUAUUAACAGCCGAUUUGCUAUUGUUCUUUUGAAGUGUCCGCACAUAUUUUUUUACACACUAAAGAAUUUAUAAUUAUUUUCGGACAAACUAAAAGUGUUUAAUCUGCUUUAUGUAUUGCGAGACGUAUUUAGAUGUAAUAGGGUACUUCUAAGAUCUUCAUCACUAAUCAAAUGUUUAAUACCCCCUGUCUAUUUAAUAGUGGUCCGUGGAUAUAUUCACCCGUUGUUCCCUGUUGGAAAUGGUCAGAAAGAACCAGCAAACAUCAUAGCUACCGAACUCAUCAGACAAGAAAAGAACAUUUUUGUAAAAAGCAAAGAAACCGGCGACAAAUUUCGAGCGUUAGUAGAGGUACCUGCUGGCUGUCACUGGAAACAGAUGGAAAGAAUCGUUUUCCUUCUGACUGGAAAUCUUGAAUCUGGAAAAGGACCAGUUCUACAAUGCCACAUAAAGGAAGAAGUAUGGGUCAAGCUUAAAAAAGAAACCAUCUUAAAUCUCUGCGGGCUUGUCCACGCCAAGGCAAAAUUAAAAGAAGCCAAAACAUUUUAAUGAGGUUAUCAUGAGCGUAUUACGGUCACGAAACAGAUGACGUCAGAAGCCCUUCCUUAAGAGUGUCCUAUUAAAGAUGCAGCUAAAUGUGGUUGCGUAGUGAACUAAUGUAUCCAUGACAACAAGUCCAUUCACUUUUAAUGUAAUAAGUUAGUUUCUAAGAUCGAAACUUUGGUGAUACGUCGGUGGAGGAGGAUGGGAAAACUCAGAAAUUUGGUUUUAUCGACAGGAUAAAUAAGUUAAAUAGGUCACCUUAAUAGUACAUGAGCCAGGGCCAUAAAUACAGAGCCUGUCUGUACCGCUUGGGGAGACAAAGGCUCCUAUCCCUAACUGCGGUGGGAUCAAGCAAGGCGUUUAACUAUCAGUUUAAAGGAUAGAGGGUCGUUUUAACAACCAAACUCUCCGAUACGUCCUUUGCGCUAUUUUUGUUUUCUUAAACGAUUUCUUGAUAAAUUAUAAGAGAUAUAAUAGAUUUACGAGCUGACAACUUUGAGUGUCUUUUUCAGCUGUCAGCCUUAAGGCCCGUUUCAAACGACGUGUUUUUUGUACUCGUUAGCGUUGCAAUAGAUUCGGUUAAUGUGACAUUUGAAACGUGUCUACGCAAUAAGGAAAAUGUUUUCCUAUUUGGACAGAUACGGUCAGCAGUGGGCAUCAUUGGAAACAUUAUUCAAUGAUAUUUAGUUCUUAAAGGACUUUAACUCGGAUUUUUUGCAACUGAUUUUGCUGGUAUCACUGUAUAUUUUAUUAAUAAGCAUAACAGUAGGAACCUUUGGUUAACAAGGGUCGCACUUGACAUUAAUAACCGUAAUGAGUCGUGGCCCAUGGACAACUUGGGCAACAAUUUUUAAACGGCUUCUCUCCUCGCGUCUUCUAACAUAGUCGGACCGGACGCUUAAUGAGCAAUCAUGAGUAUUAUUUACAGCUAUUAAUCACCAUUAGUAACAUUUGACUAAGGAAAGGGAAAAAAUAGCGUUUAAAAUAGUUGAAGUCAGUGUCACCUAGUUAAAUAUGUCUUUACCUUUGCGUUCCAUUCGACACAAUUCCUUAUAACAAGGAAAAACAAAGUUACUAGGAGAUCGCAGAAUACUUUUUACGUCAGAAUCUGUUGUAUCCUUUAAGUCAAAAUCAGUUUAAGUUGCUUCUCAAACAUCCCGCAUUACGCUUCAGUGAGCAAACAUAAAGAAAUGAGGACGAGCAGGCUCAGCUGGACAAUUUCAUACAAAUCACUGUACUUGGUCCACCCGAGCCUCCAGUUGGUGCCUUUGUUUACAGGAAUGCGGGAAAGGUCUAUACCCCACUCCCUCCCCCCUCGCUAACUUUGCUGGAAGAUAUACCUCUGAAUGGAAAACGCAUUGGACGUUGAAAUACUAGUAAAAAACAUUAAGUUUAUGAAUUGUAAAUAUAAUUAAAUUGAGCGGUAAAAAUAUAUAUUAUUUAACUAUACCUAUAGAUAUGGGACAUAACUCAAGUAAAACUUGAACUUCAUGAUAAACAUUUAACAAUUGUAAUAAUUGUUUAAGUACUAUUUGGCUAAGAUUAAAGGGUCAAAGACUAUAAAACUCAU